CUAAUAUUCACUUUCUCUCUAAUUUGAUAUCUUCACAUUCUUUCUAUUCUAUUUUAUCUCUCUCAAAGCUCCCUCUCUCUUAAUACUACCUUCUCUAAGAAUUGCUAUGGCUUCUAAGAUGAUCUGUUACAUUUUUUCCCGAUGAUUUGUGAAUUUGUUUUUUACUCAAGAAUGACAAAUAUCAAGAUGUUCUUGGACACUUUCAGAAAGAUUUUGAAGACUGGGGUGUCCGCGAAGAAUUUGGGUAAGUUUUAACCUAGAACCCUAAUUCAUCUCACAUUGGCCUGCAAAAUAAUUAAUUUUUUGGUCUAAUAAUAUUGAGGAACAAAACUAUAGGGGCGGAAUUUGGUGGUUAUGGAUCAAGAUCCAGAUGCUGAUUGUGUUAACCCUGAAGAAUAGGUAGUGAUAAUUCAUCUAUUGUUCUAUUUGGUUUAAAUUGUAGUAUAUCACUUGUUUUGCUCAUCACUUGCUGAUGGGAAAGUUUCGAUGAUUAAUUUGCCGCGUUUUAAGAUUAGUGGUAGUUUGAGUCCUUCUGUUGCGAAUUUAGGUUCUUUGGUUGAUAUUAGAUUGGAGGGUAAUCAUAUAAAUGGUGUUGUGCCUAGUAAUUGGACUAGUUUGAUGAAUCUGAAGUUGUUGGAUCUGAGUGAUAAUGAUAUUUCUCCUCCUUUGCCGGUUUUUAGAAAUGGGUUGAAACCUAUGGUUGAUGGGAAUUCUUUGUUGAAUGGUGGUGGAGCGAAAGGUCCUUCCUCUGGGAAAAACAGUACGUCGGGUGGAUCGGGGAGUACGAGUGAUGAUACGAAGGGAGGGUCGGAUUCAAGUUCGAGUGAUUCGGUUGAAACGAAGAAAUCCAAAAGGAAAAACGUGGUUUUGAUUGUAGCUCCCAUUGCUGGUGUUGCGGCUGCUGCUUUUCUGUUGAUUCCGCUUUACGCGUAUUGUUCGGAUUGGUAAAACUCGCACCUAAUGGCGAAAAUUCUGUAGUGACUAAACUUGCUGGGACUUUUGGAUACUUGGCUCCUGAAUAUGCAGUGACAGGAAAAAUCACAACCAAAGUAGAUGUUUUCAGUUUCGGCGUCGUGUUAAUGGAGCUGUUGUCUGGAUUGAUGGCACUCGACGAGGAUAGACCCGAGGAAAGCCAAUACUUAGCAGCAUGGUUCUGGAAUAUAAAAUCCGAUAAGAAUAAACUAAUGGCUGCAAUUGACCCAACUCUCGAAAUAACCGACGAAACAUUCGAGAGCGUCUCAAUUAUCGCAGAGCUAGCCGGCCACUGCACAGCUAGAGAACCAAACCAAAGGCCAGAAAUGGGCCAUGCUGUCAACGUCCUCGCACCACUAGUUGAAAAAUGGAAACCGUUUGACGACGACCCCGACGAGUAUUCCGGCGUCGACUAUAGUCUUCCACUUAACCAAAUGGUGAAGGGUUGGCAGGAGGCGGAAGGAAAAGACACAAGUUAUAUGGACUUAGAAGACAGUAAGAGUAGUAUCCCCGCGAGACCUACUGGAUUUGCGGAUUCUUUUACUUCGGCGGAUGGCCGGUGAAACAAAUGGUUGCUUGUCGCUUUGUUGAAUGUUGCUAUUUUAUUUAUUUAGUUUUUUUUAAUCUUUUCUUAGGUGUAGAUAGCAUGCUAUGAUGCUCUUUCUGUCUAAAAAAAUGCUAAGGCAAAAUGUGAGAAUGCUUGUAAUUUCUACUAUGUGUUACAUUGAAGUGUUAAUGGUUGUAGAUAGUGGAGAAACAAUCAAUGAGAAUGCUUGUAAUUUGUUCAUUCA